GAAGUUGAAUUUUCAAGGGCAGGUUAGAAUGGUCUCUGAAAAGGUUCAGCCAGCGUGUUAGCAAACUAGCCAACCUUUCUGUCUUGUUCUUGUCAUCUUUGACUGGACUAGCAUGACCAUGCUAUGCAAAGUUGGGUUUGUUCGUAGGUGCGCCACCACACUGACCCCAUCUCUGGGUGCCCUUGCCUCGCGGCAGAAGCACACUCUUCCGGACCUUAGGUACGACUAUGGCGCGCUGGAGCCACACAUCUGUGCAGAAAUCAUGCAGCUGCAUCACAGCAAGCACCACGCCACCUACGUCGCCAACUUGAACGUCACCGAGGAGAAGUAUCAGGAGGCCUUGGCCAAAGGUGAUGUCACCGCACAGGUGGCGUUGCAGCCGGCGCUAAGAUUCAAUGGUGGAGGACACAUCAACCACACCAUCUUCUGGACAAACUUGUCACCCAACGGAGGAGGAGAGCCACAGGGGGAGCUGAUGGAGGCCAUCAACCGUGACUUUGGUUCCUUCCAGAAGAUGAAGGAGAGGAUGUCAGCCGCCACGGUGGCCGUGCAGGGCUCGGGCUGGGGCUGGCUCGGCUUCGAGAAGGACAGCGGACGCCUCAGGAUCGCUGCCUGUGGCAACCAGGACCCGUUGCAAGGCACAACAGGCCUGAUCCCUCUCCUGGGUAUCGACGUGUGGGAGCACGCCUACUAUCUGCAGUACAAGAACGUGCGGCCAGACUACGUCAAGGCCAUUUGGAACGUGGUGAACUGGGAGAAUGUCAGCGAGCGUCUGGCACUUGCCAAGAAGUAGACCCCAAGUUUUACACUUAACCUCCACACACCCCACCCCACACCCAGCCCCUUGUCCCAUUUCUAUGGCUUCAGGACGCACAAAUGCCCCUCACACCACCCCCAUGUCUGUUACGGAGAGUGGUAGGGAAAGGUGGAGAAAGUGAAGAUGUGAAAAGGAGAGAGGGAGAGACCUGGUAGGGAUGGAGGGGGGUGCCUGCUAUUUGGCAAACCAGAUCAAAGUAGAUGGAGUAACUUUAUAACUGUUUGUCACCAGACAGUAAAUCAACCUGAUGGAUGUUGAUGUGAAUGAGUCAUGAUUUUCAGUGUAUUUAAUUAAUAAAGUUUUAUUUGAACUA